UGUAUUUACGAAAACAUUCUGGUAUAAUUUCAAAUCCUCACGAAUAGAAUUUACUUCUUUAUUAUUGAAUUUAAGAAAAAUGAGAAAAAUUAAAUGGUUAGCUUUCAAGGUCGAAUGUGUCGUCUGCUCGAUGUAAAACUUUGACGCAGUUUGACGUUUGCUGAUGUCAAUUUGUCAUUUUCAAGGUUUUUAAUUAAAUGAUUUAAAUACAAAUGUUUAAAUAUUAACAAACUACGAGUUAUUUGAAUAAAAAUUGUUUCACGUUAUAAAAUUGUUUUUAACAAACAGAAAAGUGGUAACUAAUAUUGUGAUGAGUUUUUAAAGAAAAAGUGUUAUCAUUUCGAGAAAAUAAAAACAAAAAUAAGCAAAAAUGGUCUUGAGCGAAGGUCCAGAUCUCGAGAGUAUCGGUUGUGGUUUUAAUGCUUUUAAAGAAAUUGAUGAAAUUAAUUUUCUCAUUAAACAAUUGAGAGAACCCGAUUUACCAUUUCGAAAUGUGGAAAAGAAUAGAGAACAAUUCAAAUAUAUUCUAACUCAAUAUCAAGAUCAACCUCAUCUUUUGGAUCCGCAUCUUGAAAAUAUUUUGGAUCCUAUGCUGGAAAUUGUUAAAAAUGAAAAUAUUGCCGACAGUGUGAAGCAUAAUGUUUUUAAAUAUUUGUACACUCUCAUGUCGGUUAAGACUUACAAGAAAAUUGUCACGUAUCUUCCACACGAGGUAAUGGAUCUUCUACCGGUUCUGCGAAUGCUGGAAAAACAGGAUACAACUGACAUCGAAACAUGGGAAACAAGAUACGUUCUUUUAAUUUGGUUAUCGAUAAUUUCAAAAAUUCCAUUUCCUUUAUCGCGAUUGGAAACUGAUGAACAAAUUGAUCCGGAGAAAACAAUUAUCGUGAGAAUUGUGCGAAUUUGUCAACUUUACUGUUUCUCAAAAGAUUCUUGCUCGAUUGCAGCUGUAUUUUUAAUUGCAAAUUUUCUCACACGGUCAGAUGUGAAAAAAUUAUUUUUGGAGGAAAUGAUCAUGUGGUGUUUAAAAUGCCUGGAAGAAGAUUCAUCGAAACAUGGAUCUUUGGCGGUUUUAGCGUCAAUUUUAAAGCACUGCGCCCGUGAAGAUUUAAAGCCGUACGCACAAAGAAUUUUGGAUACAACUCUUAAAAUUAAAUUGAAUGACAUUCCUGAUGUGCUCGUUAGAAAAUUCGCAAUGAAAGUUGUCCAACGAAUUGGUUUUGUUUUAUUACGAACAAAACUUGCUUCUUGGCGAUAUCAACGAGCGAGCAAACCGAUUAGUUUAGUUUCAAGCGUCCCGAAAACAACGAUCGCCGAAGUUACUGUUGAAACUAAUAAAACAGAAAUGGAUUCUGAAAUUGAAGACGAAGACAUUCCGCCUGUGAUUGAAGAUAUCUUUGAAUAUUUAAUUCAAGGAAUGCGUGACAAGGCGAUCGUCAUUAGAUGGUCGGCCGCUAAAGGCAUUGGGAGAAUAACAGCAAGAUUGCCGAUUGAUUUAGCCGAUGACGUUGUGGGUUUUGUUUUAAAUCUUUUUUCCGGUCGCGAAUCAGAUUCUGCCUGGCAUGGUGGUUGUCUGGCUUUGGCCGAACUUGGUAGAAGAGGUUUGCUUUUACCACAUCAAUUGAGACACGUAAUUCCCCUCGUUCUUCAAGCUCUUGUAUUCGACGAACCCAGAGCUUACGGAUCAGUUGGAUCGGUUAUAAGAGAUGCCGCAUGCUAUGUUUGCUGGUCGUUUGCAAGGGCCUUUGAACCUCAUGUUUUUCUGCCGCACGUGAAGGAAAUUGCCGCUACUUUACUCACAGUCACAUGUUUCGAUCGAGAAAUUAACUGUCGACGAGCAGCUUCGGCUGCCUUUCAAGAAAAUGUCGGACGUCAGGGAAAUUUCCCUCAUGGAAUUGACAUUUUUACAGCUGCUGAUUAUUUUGAAGUUGGAGUUAGAAGCAAUGCUUUUUUAAAAAUUAGUGUUCACAUAGCACAAUUCGAGGAGUAUACAAAACCGUUAAUUGAUCAUUUGAUUGGGAAGAAAAUCAAUCACUGGGACACAUCAAUCAGAGAACUUGCCGCUAGGGCUCUUCAUAAUUUAACAUCGUGCGAUCCUCAUUAUAUGGUCGAGACGGUGAUACCGAGUUUAUUGGAUAUGUACGAUUCAAUUGAUUUGAACGUUCGUCACGGAUCGAUAUUGGCAACGGGGGAAAUACUCGAGGCAUUGUACGCUGAAUAUCGUGACGAUAUUACCAUCACAAUCGGUCAAACGGCCGUGGAUAGAAUUAAGAAAAUGGUGCGAACCUUUCGAAUCAGAGGACAAUUCAAAGGAUUAGGCGGUGAAUUGAUGAAACAGGCUUGUGCAACUUUAAUUAAAAAAUGCGCUAUUAUUCAUUUCCCGGUUCACUCAACAGAAGUUGUUGCUGAUUGGCAAGAUUUAUUGGAGGAAAGUUUGAGUCACGAAGUACUUGCAAUAAGAUCAAAGGCUGCUGAAUCGCAUACAGAAUUUUUUGCUGAAUAUUAUGCGACUGCUCAUGCAGAUGAAAAUACAAGAUGUGUGAUAAUUAAUCGCUAUUUGAAAAAUUUACAAGCGGGCAAUCAAAUUUUACGAAUUGGUUUUGCUCAAGCUAUUGGACGCUUUCCGCUUUUUGUAAUUAAAGAGAGAACUGCAAAUAUAAUAGAAUCUUUGAUUGCUUGCACUCGAAUAACAGAUGAAACGGCAAAAUGGGCAGAGAGCCGAAAAGAAGCUCUUCAUUCACUAACAUUGGUUUGUCAAACCUUAGGCGUUGAAAAUUCCGAUACGUGGAAACGAUUCGUCAAUGAAUUGUACGAUUGUUAUUUACUGGCUCUGAAAGAGUACACGACAGACAGUCGAGGGGAUAUUGGCGCUUGGGUUCGAGAAGCUGCAAUGACCGCUGUUAACGUAUUGACGAAUUUAGUUUCACAAGCGAAUCUCUCCGGAAUGCUGACGGAGAGUUUAAUGGCAAGUGUGAUCGGUGGGAUUGCUCAACAGGCAGUUGAGAGAAUCGACAGAAUAAGAGCCCAAGCUGGCGCUAUUUUCAAUUCUCUAAUUCACAGUGAACCAGAAUUGCCGAAUAUUCCUUAUCAUGAGGAGUUGAAGAAAAUUUUUCCCACUCACGAUUGCACGGAUGUUGAUUGGAAAAUGGAGGCGGUGACAUUUCCAAAAUUCAUAAAAAUGCUAACAUUCCCUUCGUACACGGACAAUCUUCUUCGGGGAAUAAUAUUUAGCGUCGGUGGUGUUACCGAAUCUCUGGUGAAAUACUCGAGUUUCUCACUUUUUUCCUAUCUGAAAGAAAUCGACGAGGAGACACUCAAAGAUUUGGCGAAUAAAAUUCUCGACAUUUGCGAGGAGAGCCACAAAAAUGAGAGAAUGAUUACUUCGAUAUUGGCAUUCUUGGAUAGACUUCUCAGUUCGGGGAGUAUUCAAAUUAUUCUCGAUGACACCACUAGUGAAAUUCCAUCUCGAAUGCUGUGUCUUUUGAAAAAGGAAAUGAAAGUCAUGCACAAUACUACAAUGAUCACGAGCAGUAUUAAAAUUAUUUGUCAGCUACUUCAGGUGAGAAGUGCUGUGAGUAAAAAAGCGUUCGCUCACUUGAGUCUUUAUUUAUGUAAUAAAUACAAAUAUUUGAGAAAAGCAACAGCGACACGAAUUUACGAGGCACUCACUCUCUAUGGAGAGGACAUGGAUAUCUCAGAAGAGGAUCUCGCUAAUUUACUCAUGGAAUUAAAUGCAACCGAUUGGGAGAAACCGGUCGAGGAUUUGCGACCAAUUAGAAAUCAUCUUUGUGAAUUAAUGAAAGUUCCAGCGCCUACACUUCAAACGAAAGCACAAAAAUAAAAAAAAAGCGAAAGUUAACAAUAACACUUCAAUUAUACACCGAAAAUUUUAUUUUUAAGUUCUAAAAUCAAUUUUUUUUUAAUGUAAAUGUUACGCUUUUUUAAAAAACUGCAAAUUGUUUAAUAAAUAUUAAUUUUUAUAUGAAUCUAGACAAUGAA